UUCUUUUUUUUCUACUCUUCUUCUUCUUGCUCUUGGAUUGCCCUCAUCCUUUUCUUAUCGGAUCUUGCUCUCGUUGCCUCGUCAUAAUUCCCCAUAUCCCUCCAGGAAUUCACAGCAACAAACGGCGGGGUGCACUGCCUCCCUACCGCCCAUUCACUGCCUGCUCCCGGCGGCCACCAAAGCGGACCAGCUAGACCCACCAAGGGCCUUCUUUAACGCUGCUGCGCUAGACGAAAUAUUUGACGGCGUGGAAUAAUCCUGGCGGCACCCGCCUCAGCUGGGAAGCCUCGCUUUGUUCCCGACCCAGGACUUUACUCCAUUUUUUUCCACCGCCUGCUUUCUCUGCGUUUCCUUCCUCUGAUUCCCCCAUCACCGGCUGGCUCCAGCGCAGCUUCUUACCCAAGGGCUCUCGCUUGCUCCUCCACUCGCUUGUUACUGCUGCUUGCUGCCUUGACUGGGGCACCAGCUUCAUUGUCUAUAACCUCCUCCACCACCUUCCCACCGGUGAGCAUCGGCAACCGUUUGCGUGUGUCCAAUACUCACGAGUUGCCUGCCCACCAUGGCAUACCGAGGACCUGGAGGUCCAGGAGGACCCGGCAACAACAACGAAUAUGAGAGUGGCCACAACAUGCAGGAUCUGAACCCCCACAACCAGUAUUCCAACAUGCACCUGCCUCCUGGCCAGGAACAGGAGGACGAUGUCCAGCGAUCUCUGCUCAGAGAAGGCCCUGCCGCCUAUGACCACGACCGUCUAGGAACGCAGACCCCUCCCGUCCGCCCUGUCUCCGCAUACAGCUUGACCGAGUCCUACGCCCCCAACGCCCCAACCACCAGGCCCGGUGCCGGCAUCGGGCAGGCGCCAUCGCCCUUCCAGAACGAACAUGGCACUUCUUCUGGAUACGCCGGUGCCACAGACCAGCCCGGCGGAGGCUUCGGCACUGGUGCCGGUGGCGGCGGUCCGGCCCCCUAUGACGACGAGGAUAGCUGGCUCCAGCGUCAGCAGGCCCCUGUCGGUGGUCUCAAGCGUUACGCGACCAGGAAAGUCAAGCUGGUGCAGGGCUCCGUUCUCAGUCUCGACUACAACGUUCCCAGCGCUAUCAGGAACGCCGUCCAGCCCAAAUACCGUGAUCUUGAGGGCACCAACGAGGAGUUCGUCAAGAUGCGCUACACGGCAGCGACUUGCGAUCCCAACGACUUCACGCUCAAGAACGGCUACGACCUGCGUCCCCGCAUGUACAACCGGCAUACGGAGCUGCUGAUCGCCAUCACCUACUACAACGAGGACAAGGUGCUGACGUCGCGUACCCUGCACGGUGUCAUGCAGAAUAUCCGGGACAUUGUCAAUCUUAAAAAGUCGACCUUCUGGAACAAGGGCGGCCCGGCCUGGCAGAAGAUUGUUGUUUGCCUGGUUUUUGACGGUCUCGAGAAGACGGACAAGAGCGUCCUGGACGUCCUGGCCACCAUUGGUAUCUACCAGGAUGGUGUCAUCAAGAAGGAUGUUGAUGGUCACCAGACUGUUGCUCACAUCUUCGAGUACACCACCCAGCUGUCCGUCACUCCUAAUCAACAGCUGAUCCGCCCCACCGACGAUGGCCCCAACACGUUCCCGCCCGUCCAAUUCAUCUUCUGCCUCAAGGCCCAGAACAGCAAGAAGAUCAACUCGCACCGUUGGCUGUUCAACGCCUUCGGCCGCAUCCUCAACCCUGAGAUCUGCAUUCUGCUGGACGCCGGUACCAAGCCCAGCGCGAGGUCGCUGCUCGGACUGUGGGAGGGUUUUUACAACGAUAAGGAUCUGGGAGGUGCUUGCGGCGAGAUCCAUGCAAUGCUUGGCAAGGGCGGCAAGAAGCUGCUGAACCCCCUCGUGGCCGUGCAGAACUUCGAGUACAAGAUCUCAAACAUUCUGGACAAGCCCCUCGAGAGCUCCUUUGGCUAUGUUAGCGUCUUGCCUGGUGCCUUCUCCGCGUACCGGUUCCGGGCUAUUAUGGGCCGCCCGCUGGAGCAGUACUUCCACGGUGAUCACACCCUGUCCAAGAUUCUCGGCAAGAAGGGUAUCGAGGGCAUGAACAUCUUCAAGAAGAACAUGUUCUUGGCCGAGGACCGUAUUCUCUGCUUCGAGCUCGUCGCCAAGGCCGGCCAGAAGUGGCAUUUGAGUUACAUCAAGUCCGCAAAGGGAGAGACGGAUGUGCCCGAGGGAGCCGCUGAGUUCAUCAGCCAGCGCCGUCGCUGGCUCAACGGAUCGUUCGCCGCCACCAUCUACUCCCUGAUGCACUUCGGUCGGAUGUACAAGAGCGGUCACAACUUGAUCCGCAUGUUCUUCUUCCAUGUCCAGCUUCUCUACAACAUCCUCAACGUCAUCUUCACCUGGUUCUCUCUAUCCUCCUACUGGCUCACCACCAAGGUCAUCAUGGACCUCGUCGGCCAGCACAUGCCGGGGACACCCACGACGAAAGCCGCGGACGCCUGGCCCUUCGGCAACAAAGUAACGCCAAUUUUCAACAACGUCCUGCAGUACAUCUACCUGACCUUCGUCAUCCUCCAGUUCAUCUUGGCUCUCGGAAACAGACCGAAAGGCUCAAAGUGGACCUAUGUGACGUCGUUUGCAGUCUUCGGCUUCAUCCAGACCUACAUCAUUGUCCUAUCGGCCUAUCUCGUCGUUCGUGCUUUCCAGGUGCCACUCGCGGAACAGAUCAAGACGGACAACGCAAAGGACUUUAUGAACAGCAUUUUUGGCAACGAGGGAGCUGCUGGCGUCAUCAUCCUUGCCCUCAUCACCAUCUACGGCAUAUACUUCAUCGCGUCUUUCCUCUACCUCGACCCGUGGCACAUGUUCCACUCGUUCCCCUACUACAUGGUUCUGAUGUCGACCUACAUCAACAUCCUCAUGGUGUACGCCUUCAACAACUGGCACGACGUCUCGUGGGGUACGAAGGGCUCGGACAAGGCCGAGGCGCUCCCUUCAGCGCAGAUCACCAAGGGCGAAAAGGACGAGGUCGUUGUCGAGGAGGUCGACAAGCCGCAAGAGGAUAUUGACAGCCAGUUCGAGGCUACUGUCCGUCGUGCCCUCACCCCCUUCGUCGAGGUUCCCGAGGUGGAGACCAAGGACCUCGAGGAUUCUUACAAGUCCUUCCGUACCAUGCUGGUGUCCCUUUGGCUGUUCUCCAACUGCCUUCUUGCAGUCGUGAUCACAAGCCCCAGCUUUGACACCACGUUCUCGACCAAGAACGACGCUACCUACAGACAGGCACAGUUUUUCCGCUUCUUGCUGUUUGCCACGGCUUUCCUGUCGCUGAUCCGCUUCAUUGGAUUCCUGUGGUUCCUGGGCAAGACCGGUAUCAUGUGCUGCAUCGCGCGCCGUUAAGCGUGCAUUAUGACGUUGUGACGGGCACGGCACUGCGACUCAUUCCACUAGAGGUCGCAAGUCGAGCGCCCUCCGACCGAAAGACGCGUGGGCACGAAGGGCCUAUCUAACUAGGGCUCGUUUGAUCUUGCGACGAGUUUUGAAGAAUAACUGAGCAAGAUUUGAACGAAAAUACACCUGAUAGGAUAUCUGCUAUCGUUUGGAGCAGGGUCAGGUAAUGGAUAUGAUUCUUUGAAUGUUUGUAGGGGGUAUAUCUCGCGGCGGUGUCUUUUUCUGAUCUUCUUGGGUUCACGGCACGGGACCAGACCGGGUCUCCUUCCACCGCAACUCAACUUUCAUGGACAACGCAAGCAUAAUGAACUGGAAAAGGAUUUGCGGCAUUUGUUCUGGUAUAGGCUAUCCAUUUCAGCACAGCCGCUCUUUUAGAGAUCUUGAGGUUCCUUUGAUUGAACAGGUGUAAUUUGCCCAGUCUCUACACGUUUUUGUCCGAACGAAUUCCUGGCAGUGUCGUUUCCCACUACCAGCAUCCAUCCUCCGGCGACCUGCCCUGCUGCUCCAAUACCAAGUUCUUUGGGAAUCGGUUAGUCAAAAGGCGGCUUUUUCCCCCUCGCAUGUCUUUCCUCUUCCAUAUCAUUCUGUAUUGAAGUCUCGGCGGUUAUCACCAACCCCUAUCAGGCUCGUCUAAAACUUCAUGCAUGUUGCACACAUUCACACUAUUGUGAAAGCGUAAAGACGACGGGGGAGGUCGAAGGGGGAUAGUCUGCUGACGGGUCCGUGGCCGAAG